AACUUUGUUGGGUCGUCCUAAGGGGCACGUGUCGGGUUUUGAGGCGAAGUCGUCUUCUCCCCUCUUCUCUGCUUCUCCGCCGAUUGCAGGCUUGCGUGAUUGAGCUUCGUCAGAGACGGCCAGCGAUGAUGGGUCGGAAAGAAACUGGUGGGUGACAGAGCAGAGGUCGGUCAUCAAUAAUCACCCUUCACAACUCCAAGUUCUUCUUUCUUCUCAAGAUCCAAAGCUGCUCAAAGAUCUCUGCCCUCAACUCUGAUUAAGUCCUGAGAGUGGUGGAGUUUAGCUGAGUUUGUGUCUUGAUAUCUCUCUGGUCAUAAUAAGCAUGUCGACAAACAAAAAGACUAUAGUUAGAUUCAGAAGGGACCUAAGGAUCGAGGAUAACUCUGGUCAUAAUAAGCAUGUCACAUCUAACCCCAAUCCAGGAUGCUGCAAUGGCUGCUGAAAGGCGUUUCCUCGAUGACAUCUGCUGAAAGGCGUUUCCUCGAUGACAUCUGGUGUGCUUCCAAGGCGACCAGAGAUGAACCGAUAUCUGGUCUCAUGAAAUCAUCAGAAACUUCACCAUCCACUGCAAACCAAGGCCGAGAAGAAGCUGCAAUGUGGGAGUGUGCAGAAUGUACCUUAUUGAACCCUUUGUUGGCUCCGAUAUGCGAGCUAUGCACUGCAGCAAAUCCAAAGGAAAAGGAAAAAGAGAUGAAGCACAAAGUCUGGUCUUGCAAGUUCUGCACGCUUGAAAACAAGCUGGAGAAGUGUGAGGCUUGUGGUCAGUGGAGAUACUCGUAUGGACAACCAUUGUCGACUCCUGCUCCUAAUGUUGGCACUUGAGGGAGUCUUUAAUGUUCUACAAGGACUAAAAGUCCAGUCUGAGCCAUUUAUUUUUUGUAGCUAAAGAACGAUGACAAUAAGUUUCUCCAUGUUAUGUUAGUGACAAUAGGAGUUGGAUGAGAUGAAGAAUGAGUUGUAGUUUUGUUAACAAUAGGAGUUGGAUGAUAUAAAGAACAUAUUUUUUUGUUUU